CAUGCGAAGCAACUUUAUUGUUCCCUCUCCCGCAGACAGUGGUCGCUGCUCGGGCGGAUUGGGAUGGAUUUAUAGCACGGGAAAUCGCUGCGUUAUGAAUUUCAUAAAAUCUUUGCUUUUCAGCUGUGGACUGUAUUCUUUCGAGAUCUUGCCAGAUUUGUUUAUCCACUCUCCUCUGUUAGAUACGUAAGAACGGAAGAAGUGUACGAUUUUUAGAAAACAUCUUGUUGUCUGUAAAGCAGGCCGCUUAGGCCUCGGAGUUUACUAAAAUUUUGCCCGGCAUGGUACGCUCGGCCCACGGAAUACUCGCGGCUUUUUUUACCCGGUGCAUGGUAUCCACCUAGUCCUCGGUUUGACAGCAGUGGUCCUAGUAGCGACACAUUUCUCAUCUACGAUUGACUGAGAGCUCUUGCCACUGCCCACAUACUUCUUAUACAACACUCUACUGUAAAUACAGCGGUCUUGACAGGAUUGCAAGCUGAUUGGUGAACCACUCGCAAAUGAAGCUGACUCUCCACAGAGGCAACUAAGUGAACUGUGGUCCCCAAACAAGCAAUACCAUAUCACAAUACUUUUUUUUUUUUUUUUUUACAUUGACAUAUUUGGCCAGAGAUUUUACGAUGGCAUCUGUUCCAGUUUACUGCUUAUGCCGUCUCCCUUAUGAUGUCACGCGGUUCAUGAUAGAGUGUGAUGUUUGUCAGGACUGGUUUCAUGGCAGUUGUGUUGGUGUGGAGGAAGACAAAGCGGCAGAUAUCGACCAGUAUCACUGUCCUAAUUGCCAGGUGACACAUGGACCCUCUGUCAUGCGCAAACGUCGGGGGGCUAUUAAACAUUCUGAUGCAGGAGUGGUGAGAGACUCGGGACGUCCUGUGAAGACGGGCAGUGCUCAGUUUGUCAGAGAGCUACGCAGCCGCACUUUUCCCAGUGCUGAUGAGGUCCUGCUGAAGCCGACUGGGACCCAGCUCACGGUUGAGUUUCUAGAAGAGCGCUCCUUUAGCGUCCCGGUCCUGGUCCUAAGGAAAGAUGGUCUGGGCAUGAAUUUGCCCCCGUCAUCUUUCUCAGUGUCAGAUGUAGAGCAUUAUAUUGGUUCUGACAAGGAAAUUGAUGUGAUUGAUGUCAGCCGCCAAGCAGACCUGAAGAUGAAACUGGGAGAGUUUGUCGAGUACUACAACAGCCCAAACAGAGACAGAGUGCUCAAUGUGAUCAGCUUAGAGUUCUCAGACACCAGGUUGUCAAAUCUAGUGGAGACACCAAAGAUUGUGAGGAAGCUGUCAUGGGUGGAGAACCUCUGGCCUGAGGAGUCUAUUUUUGAGAGGCCUAAUGUGCAGAAAUACUGCCUGAUGGGAGUGAAGGACAGUUACACAGACUUUCACAUUGACUUUGGUGGAACUUCUGUGUGGUACCAUGUCCUCCGGGGUGAGAAGAUCUUUUACCUCAUUCGUCCCACUGCUGCUAACCUGUCGCUUUUUGAGCGCUGGAGUUCAUCCUCCAAUCAGAACGAGCUGUUUUUUGGGGACCAGGUAGACAUGUGCUACAAAUGUUCACUAAAGCAAGGAAACACCCUCUUCAUCCCAACAGGGUGGAUUCAUGCUGUUCUGACCCCUGUGGACUGUUUGGCAUUUGGGGGAAAUUUUCUACACAGCCUCAACAUUGACAUGCAGCUUCGAGCAUAUGAAAUAGAAAAACGACUGAGCACAGCAGACUUAUUCAGGUUUCCAAACUUUGAGACCGUGUGUUGGUAUGUUGGCAAGCAUCUGCUGGACACCUUCAGAGGUCUAAGAGAGAAUCGACGGCAUCCUGCCACAUACUUGGUCCAUGGAGCCAAAGCACUCAAUAAUGCUUUCCGCGGCUGGACACGGAAGGAAUCCCUGGCUGAACAUGAACAAGAGAUACCAGAGACUAUAAAGACCCAGCAGCUAGUGAAGGAUCUGGCUAAGGAGAUACGCCUAGUCGAGGAUAUCUUCCAGCAGAACAUCGGCAGGAGUGGGACACCAUUUGGGGGCUCUCAGGGUCUUCCCUCUCCUCACCCCAAAGCUCCAUUAAACACAUCCCUCAGUUUUGGCCAGCACCCUGGUAAAAAGAGAGGCACCAAGCUAAAGGAUGGAUUUGGAGGAGGGGGUGUAGGCCUUCCAGGAGCUAAGAAAAAGAGCCAAAAAAGCAAAGAGAUAAAAACAGAAGCCGGAGAGCUGGACCUGCUGGAGAUUCAUACUAAACACACGCUCAAGAAGUUCCAGCCAGGAAGCAAAGUCAAAAAGAGCAAGCAUGAGCUGCCCAGUGACUGUCUAGAUGAUUUUGAAGAGAAGAUCAACAAGAGCAAGCUUAAGCUUGUGCUGACUAAUGGAAAGAUCCAAGGAAAGAAGGGUCGUGCUGGCAGUGCAAAUGGAGCCGGGAGUUCACUUCAACAGUUCCAGCCCCACAUGGCUACUUUGUCUGACUUUGACUCUGAAGACGAGCUUCAGAUUGAUGAAACCCCUCCACCUCGCCGUAGACCGUCUGUAUCUAGCAAGAAGAAAUUAGCUGGUCUACCAAGGAAACUACCUCGGGCCAAACCGUGCAGCGACCCCCACAGGAUUCGUGAGCCUGGAGAAGUGGACUUUGAUAUUGAGGAGGAUUACACCACAGAUGAGGAGAUGCUUACAGUGCAGGGAGUAAAAGGUGGAGCAGGCGGGAUUUUAGACUUGCUCAAGGCAAGCAAACAGGUUGCAGGUCUUGAUUCUGCACUGAGUGAGGAAGCACCAGCCUCCCCCAGCACCCGUGAUGCUAUCCAGGGCAUGCUCUCGAUGGCCAACCCUCCAUCAUCCUCAUCCUCUUCCUCCUCUUCCUCUCCCCUGUCUGUCUCUGGAGGAGGUGAGAUGCUGGGGCUUAUAAAGGAGAAAGGAGGGAGAGCUGGGUGGAUAAGUGGAGUCAAGAAGAGUGAGAAAAAGACCACAUUUCAGAGGCCAGGAAAACGGCCUAUCAAACGACCAGCACGGCACCUCAGUGAUGAAGAAAGCUUGGAUGAACAGGAGACCUUGGGUACCUGUUUUAAAGACUCGGAUUAUGUGUAUCCAUCACUAGAAUCUGACGAGGAGGAUCACAUAAGCAAGUCCAAAAUGAAAAGAAAGCGAAACUGGGAUGAUACACCCUGGAGUCCAAAAGCCCGUGUGACCCCUACACUGCCUAAGCAGGAGCGGCCGGUGAGAGAGGGUGCAAGGGUGGCUUCUGUAGAAACUGGGCUUGCAGCUGCUGCUGCCAAACUGGCGCAACAGGAACAGCAGAAAACCAUAACCAGGAGAAAAUACACCAAGAAGAAGGUCCCUCAAGAGAAAGUACAUUCUGCAGCUGCGCAGCUCCAGUGCCAGCCGGACUCAGCCCCUGUGUCUCCUCCUCUGCCCUCUGAGCCUCCUGUGGACUGCAUCGUUGAGGAGAGGAGAGUGGAGGUGUACUCUGCCAGCCUGCUGGACCACGAGUACACAGCAGGACCAGGUCCUUUCAGCCCAGGGGGCCCAAGAGGAAGUGGUGCCAUGGCACCUGGCGUGUUCCUGACUUCAAGACGCCCCUCACUCUCUCCCCAAAACAGCAGCAGUUAUCCUCCCUCUGCCCCCUCACCUGGAGGGCUGGCUUCUCCAACGUCAGCAGGAGUGUGUCAAGGAAAACGUCUGAAGAAAGGACUUGCUACGGCUAAACAGAGACUGGGAAAGAUUCUGAAAAUACAUAGAAACGGCAAGCUUCUCCUGUAGUUUGAUAAUAUGAAGAGGAGACUGCAGGGAACAAUAGAGGAGGAGAGAACGAAUAAGGAUCAGAGAGGACUUGAGUGAUUUUGGUGUUAAUUUAUGUGACUGUUUUAUGGUUAAUGUUCUGCUAGCCUGGUUUUUAGUUGCUUCAUCGGGAUGAAAAAUGAAAAGAAUGAGAAAUUCAGUUGAAAUCCAUUUAGCGUUGUGUUUUAGAAUAGAAAAUCUAUUUGAAAAGCAAAUAGAGCUAAACAGAUGGAUACAAUAAUGGAGUGAUGACUGUAUUGCUAAUUCUUUUUCCAUAAUUUUCAGUACUCCACCCUUUGUUUCAUAGUUAUAAACUGACUUUUAGUUUGAAAAUUGUAUAUUUGUAGAAAAAAAAUGCUGAGGAGCACUUGAUGUUAGAUCAAAUUGCCUAAAGCCAUUGCAAACAAAAAGAUGACACUGUUCAGAAGAUCUCUGACGUUUAUUUGAAAAUUUUGCUUCCCAAAAAAUUGGCCUGAAUUGUCAAAAGUCAAUUUAUAAAUGUCCCUUUCUCAUGGCUAUUUGUCCCGGUCCAUUCUCCUGAAUCGAUGCAUAUUAUUUGUUUACAUGCCUCAUUUAGUAUCUGUUCAUAUCAAAUUAUUUUAUACCAUAGUAGGCAAUUUGAUACACAAUUGAACGUAAUUGCUGUAGAAGUCCUGUAGUAACGUCUCUUUGCUUGUUGAAAUGUUUUUACAGUAAUACUAACACAUUUUUAUCAACAACUGUAUUUUAGAUGUGUAUAUACUUUAAGUUUGUCUUGUUUUGUUUGUUUUCCACCUAGCAUGGGCAGCAUAGUGUCCUGUCACCAUUUGGCCAGGGUUGUCUUUCCCAUCCAUAGUACAGCUCCAUGUUUAAUUGUAGAGAUUGAGCUCAGUGGUGGGCACGUUUUAACAUAGUAAUUGUAAAGAACACAGAAAUUGACUUUAGAGCAGUUUGAGAUCUUACGGCUGAUUCAGUAGGUUCAGUGUACAUAUUAGGUGUUUUGUUUUAUUUUUUAUUUUUUAUAUUAUUAACUUUUAUUUAGAAAGAAAGAAAAAUGCAUUGGAAUCUUUCUUGACACCUUGUACAAAAAUACGUUUUGGGUAAAUAACAGCAUAUGAGUUGUUUAGUUCAGUUUUAUUUGUAUAGGAUAAUUAUGCUGUUAUUUUUCAUUGACGCUUAUGGUAUUAGCAAUUUGAUGAAGUUAAUGUAUUCUAUUUCUACUUAAAUGUUAUUGUUCAUUUUACCCCCCCCCCCACUUAUCAAUGAUAUUAAUUUUAAUGUCAAUAUACUUUAGUUUUGCUUUUUUAUAUAAUACUUCAUUCUAGAAGAGUUAAAUGUAACAUUUUCUUGUAAUUCUAUGUAAUGGCAACAAUAUAUAUUUUUUGUCUUCUCCUUUGACAAUUAUGUCAGAACCAAAAAAUAUUGAUAAAUUAGUGGGCCAGUGUAAAUAUUGUUUAGUUUUUUUUUUCUUCUUCUUCUUUUUUUCCCCCUAAAAAUAUCACGGAUCUUGUCAUCAUGCUAUCCACGUGUAAUUGGAAAUUUGUUUUGAGGUUUGUAGAAAUAUGUUUUGAACGUGAAAUAACAGAAGAAAGUUGUUCGAAUAUUCUGGUAAAACUAUUAUUUUUAGAUAUUGUUGUCGGAUGAUUCUGAAAUGAUUCUGGAUAUUUUUGUAAUAUUUUGAGUUUUUUGUACAUCCGUUUGAUUUGUCAUCAACUUCACAUCGUCUCUUAAUGUUGCUUCUUACACUCAUAUUUUACUAAACAUCUGUGCCUUCAGUAAAGUACAUAGCGAGCUCUCUUACUGAAACUGUGCAUAUCUGCACAUAUUUUGAUACUAGAUUUAGUUUAAUGGCAUCUCUUGUCUACUGAGACAGCUAUUCAGGAUUUCUAGCAAUUGACAGUAAAAAAAAAAAAAAAAAAACAGGAAUGAUGUGAAGCAAGAUGUGCAACAAAGAAAUUGUUCAAAAACCUCAAAAUAUGUGAGGACUGACUUUCAAAUAUGUUCUUAUUAAAACUUACAUUUACUUAA